CCAAGCCCGAGCUGCACUUGGGGCAUCGGGAAGCUGAAGGAGCCGGUUUAGGAAACGAGGGUGUGGUGGCCCCCGGCACGCUGUGUCGCACGGCGGCGCUUGGCUGCCCUCCACUCCUGCAGCUGGGAAGAGUUGAGGCUGGGAGUUGGUGAAACGCGCUCACCUGUCGGAACCCGGAUUUGGGCAGGGGGCAGGGAGCAGGGCCCGGCGGCCAGAGCGCGCCGGUCACGGCAACCUGGGCCGGCGGCUCUCCCCACGCCCAGACGCCACAGCCAGGGGGGCAGGCGUGGGGGCUGCUCCCGAAGACUCUAGCACCCCCCCACCCCCACCCCCACCCUGCUCUCCGCCUUUCACCCACAGGCGCCGCCGGCUUGGUGUGCCCCAAGGCUUGGUGUGCAGAGGCCAGGGUUGCAGGUUCAAGACGCUCCGCCUCCUCCUGGCACUUUGAGCCAUAAGUGCCGGCAGGGACCUUUCCACUUGGUCUGAGCCUUGGGUCACUGCUGAGGUUUCCGGGACUCUCUAGGCCAGGCACAGCCAGGACCUUUGCCUCUGACCGACGCCGUGCCUGCAGCCUGCCUGGGGUACCCCCAGCUCCGGGAGAGUCCGCUUUCCCGGGCACCGACGCCCCAACUUUUUACGAGCGGUCUGCGCCCUCUGACUGGGCGUCGGGCUCGCGUGCCAAGGGGCGCGCAUCUUCCGGAGGCCGGCAUCGCCCCCAGCGGAGCGCAGCGCGCCCUCUUCUCCCCGAGCGAGGGCGGGCUGCCUGAGCCCGGGUCCCCGGUGCACUUGGUGGGUCCCAGUGCCCCGGACUCUCCCCGCCUCAGAGCCCGCCCGCGAGGAGGGAUCGAACCCCCGAGGCCCAGGCUUCUUCCCCCGAAACUCGAGUCGGCCCCCUCCUGCCUUUGCUCUCGGGUCGGCCCAGUGAGCGGCCGCGCGGAGGAUCGGGGCGCUCGGGCCUCUUCGCCCGCGGGCUGCGCGGCGCGCACCAUGGCCGGCUGCUGCUGCCUGUCGGCCGAGGAGAAGGAGUCGCAGCGCAUCAGCGCAGAGAUCGAGCGGCAGCUUCGCCGGGACAAGAAGGACGCGCGCCGCGAGCUCAAGCUGCUGCUGCUGGGAACUGGUGAAAGUGGCAAAAGCACCUUUAUCAAGCAGAUGAGAAUUAUCCAUGGGUCUGGUUACAGCGAUGAAGACAGAAAGGGGUUCACGAAGCUGGUUUACCAGAACAUAUUCACCGCCAUGCAAGCCAUGAUCAGAGCCAUGGACACCCUGAGGAUACAGUACCUGUGUGAGCAGAAUAAGGAAAAUGCCCAGCUAAUCAGAGAAGUGGAAGUAGACAGGGUCUCUGCGCUCUCCGAGGACCAGGUGCAGGCCAUCAAGCAGCUCUGGCUGGACCCAGGAAUCCAGGAGUGUUACGACAGGAGGAGGGAGUACCAGCUCUCAGACUCUGCCAAAUAUUACCUGACUGAUAUUGACCGGAUCGCCUUGCCGUCAUAUGUGCCGACACAGCAAGAUGUGCUUCGUGUUCGCGUGCCCACAACUGGCAUCAUCGAGUAUCCGUUUGACCUGGAAAACAUCAUCUUUCGGAUGGUGGACGUGGGUGGCCAGCGAUCCGAAAGGCGGAAGUGGAUCCACUGCUUUGAGAGCGUCACCUCCAUCAUAUUCUUGGUUGCGCUGAGUGAAUACGACCAGGUCCUGGCUGAGUGUGACAAUGAGAACCGCAUGGAAGAGAGCAAAGCCUUAUUUAAAACCAUUAUCACCUACCCCUGGUUUUUGAACUCAUCCGUGAUUUUGUUCUUAAACAAGAAGGAUCUUCUGGAAGAGAAAAUCAUGUACUCUCAUCUAAUUAGCUAUUUCCCAGAAUACACAGGACCGAAGCAAGACGUCAAAGCCGCCAGAGACUUUAUCCUGAAGCUCUAUCAGGACCAGAACCCUGACAAGGAGAAGGUCAUCUACUCCCACUUCACGUGCGCCACGGACACGGAGAACAUCCGCUUUGUCUUCGCUGCCGUCAAGGACACCAUCCUCCAGCUGAACCUGAGGGAGUUCAACCUCGUCUAAAUGCUGCUGCCCACACCUCGCCAACCAGAGACGGGAUUCACCAGCCCCUUGCUUUCCUUCUGAGAGCUUCUGACAUGCGCCAUCCCAGCCCCCUGGGCAGUACCGCACCAAGUCCGCCCUGCAGGCCACAGGGACAGAGAUGGGCCACGGAGCUUGUAAGACAUUUGAAUUUAGCAAAACUUUUUCAAAGUCUUGAUUCCAAAAUUGUUUUUAUAUUUCGACUUGUUAAGAUUUUGUGUAGUGAUUGAAUUUGAGGUUUUAUAGAAUUUUUUAAAAAGCCAGCAUAAUUUACUGUUUUUUUAAAGAAAUAAAUUUAAGUGUGUUUGUUAAUUUAGAGAUCAUGCCUUGAAACCACUAGAAUUAAUUUGCAUAACUUUGUUUAAAAAGAUAAGUUUUAAGCUUUUUUAUUAUAGCUUGUAAUUUUGAGACCAUUUUAAAUUGUUUUUCUCUCUUUAUGCUGAAACAUGUGAUGCUUUUAACAUGCCACCAAAGAUUUUUUAAAACGGUUAUUUUUUGUGUGCUAACUUUUUAAGUCAAAUUAAUGACUAUGUUGGUAUCUAAUUUGGUUUUCCACAUUUGGAUCACCAUGAAGCCAAAGCUGACAUAAGGUAAAUGGGCUCCACAUAGCACCUAUGUUAUCCUGGUGAAAAGUGUAUAUGACCAGGCCUUAUAAACUUAUGAAAUGGCUAAAAGCCCCAACUGUUUAACCAAUGUAAUGUAACCCUGCCAGAGGUCUGAUGGCCAUCACAGAUGUGCUGUCUGCACCACGUGGGCCGUGCCUUUCUGGGGAGGCUAAGAAUACACCAUUCUGCCAUUA